AUGACCAUGAGCCUGGAAAAUCGUAUUCGAAAAGGACUUGAGUUCGACGACGACACGUACUAUUCUCUCUCCCAUGUCUAUACGAGUCUAGUUGCCCAGGUUCAUUCAGUCGUCGUAACACAAAAGGGAUUUCAAUAUUUACGAGUAUGGAGAGCACGAUGUUUUGGACCAGCAAAAUUUUCAGAAGAAAGAGAAGAACGUAUCUUUCGUAUUACACAAGAAAUCUUCAAAUCCUAUCUCGUCCCACCAGAUCCUCGUAUUGGAAAAGCAAUUGAAUACUUUGGAAAAGAGUAUUUGUUAGAAAUUGCAGUGUACGACAAUCAUCAGGAAGUGAUAAAAACAGUGAAUUCUGGCGAUUUUAUACUUCUUUCGAAUGUACAUAUUGGUAGUAAGGAGAAAGCAAUCACUUUAAGUAUUCACGGUGGAGGUUUCGCUUCUUAUAACAGAGAAAUCACUCCAAUUCCGACUGACUUCUCGGAUCCAAAGAUGCGUUUGUUCCGAAAAAGAUGUCGAAGAAUGUUGGAACAAGUGACUAAUUAUGAGAAUUUCGAAGAAUUCAUUGAGCAUGAAGAAUUAGAUGAUGAAAAUGACAAUUUGGUCUCUGAGCCAUACAAAAACAUUAUGAUUGGAGACGAAAUCGCUGUGAAUUAUUUCCCAAAAUCAUCUCAAUGCUCUUACUAUUUCCUCACCCAUAUCCACCCUGAAUAUCUUCGUGAUCUCGAUUUGACUGCAGACCGAACUGUUUUUUGCAGUGAAACAACAUCGGAUAUAUUGCCAGAGAUCAUGGGAAUCGAUUCAAAAAAUGUUCCAGCGAACUCAAUUUUCCCGAUGCGUCUCAAUCAUCCGUACUCAUUUGAAGAAUUCCAAGCAACUAUGAUCGACUCGAAUCACUGUCCGGGUUCUGUUAUGAUCCUGUUCGAAGGAGAACUCAUUCAGAAACAUGCGGGCGGUCCCGUUCUUUGUACUGGUGACUUUCGAGCAGAUAAAACAUUUCUGUCCGAGUUGAAAAGCGGUCCGUCUCGUUUUCUGAGCGAAUUGAAACUAGCGAGGAUUCAUAUGGAUAACACGUAUUUCUCUCUCGAUCAGAACAUUCUUCAGUUGGAUCAUGCGAGAGAUUUACUGAUUCAAAAUAUCGAAUCCAGACAUCCAGACAAGAAUAUCAUAAUACCACUCCAUCGACUCGGCCGAGAAUCAUUGAUAGAAAGUAUUGUUCAAGCUCUGAAUGAACCGAUACUCAUGUUUAAAGCGAGACUGGAAAUAGCUAGAAUAUUGAAUGCAGAACAUUCAGCUGUGCGAAAAAAUACGAUUAGAAAUAUUGAGAUUGUUGAAAAGGACACGUGGGAUUACUCAGUUCCGGAAAAUUCGGUUGUAAUCAAUAUCUCGAUGAACGAUUGUAUCGUUGAAUCUCAACAGGAACAGCUAAAUAUCCAUGAAUUCGUGACAACCGAUGACCAAGGGACUUCAGAAUCUUUAGAAGUAGUCGCCGCUAAUCCGGAUUUCCAGGAGACUUCAAAAUCUUUAGAAGUAGCUGAAAUAGAAAUGAAAGGAUCUUUAGCUACUAAACCCCCUAAUCUCCUAGAAGAGACUUCUGAUACUGGAUUCUGUGAGGAAUCUGGGAGUGUUCAAAUGGAACCACCACGAAAAAAAGGGAAGUUUCAGAAUCUACAAGAGAAAAUUAUGCAUAUCUGA